GCCCCGGCAGGCCCCGGCGGAGCGGGACGAGGCCGCAGCGGCGGCUCGGCGGGGCCGGGCCAUGGAGAGCCCCGGCGGCAGCGGCUCCCUGCGGGGCGACAUCAGUUUCUGGGCGGACCGCACGCCGGUGCACGAGGCCGCGCGGCGCGGGGAGAUCCGGCAGCUGCAGCAGCUGAUCGAGAGCGGCGCCUGCGUCAACGCCGUCACCUACGACUCCAUCACCCCCCUGCACGAGGCCAGCCUCAGGGGACAGACCCAGUGUGUCAAACUGCUGCUGGACGCGGGGGCCCAG